AUGACGGGCACGAAAGUACUAGCCCUUGCGGCCUUAGUUGCUUGUGGCUUCGUUUUGACGUCAAGGGCAAGCCCUCUAGACCCCGAACGUUAUCUGUUGGUCGAAGCCGAACCACGAGCCCAGCCGGAGGAUUACCGGUUGAAUGAUGAUGUAUGGCCAACGCACUACGAGAUCGAGAUCAAACCAUACAUUGAGGCUGAAGCUGGCAAGCAGGCUUUUACCUUCGAUGGCAACACAAAAAUCACUGUCACUACCGAGAAGCAAGGUGUUACGCUGAUUAAGCUACACAUGGCACGAAUGGACAUCAGUGCAUGGAGUGUGGUGCAAAAAUCAGACAACAGUCUUGUGCAAACCCUCACGCAGAUCUACGAUAGCGAAACGGAAGUAUUGACGCUUCCGCUAGCCAACGGCGUUACCCUUCAACCCAAUACGGAAUACGUAUUAUCUUUCACAUACGUUGGCAAUAUGGACGAGGACAUGCAUGGUUUCUAUCGUAGCUACUAUCUAGUCAACGGUGUCAAGGUAUGGCUUGGAUCUACGCAGUUCCAACAAACUCAUGCACGUCGUGCGUUCCCGUGCUUCGACGAGCCCCGAUUUAAGGCGACCUUCCAGUUGAAGAUCAACCAUAAAACUCCUCAAUACAACGUGUACUCCAACACGCCGAUCGUAAAUACCGCCCCCUCAGAGACAGGACGUACUCUAACCACAUUCGGUAUGACUCCAAGUAUGUCGAGCUAUCUGCUGGCAUUUAUCGUUGCACCUUACGAAGUGAACCAACGCGAAAACAUGGGAAUUCUCGCCCGCCCGCAAGCCCAGAAUCAGACCCAAUACAGUUUGGAUGAGGGUAUUAAAGUUCUGAAGGCCCUUGGAGACUGGAUUGAUUAUCCGUACUCGAAUGUACCUGAGAUGACGCGCAUGUACAUGGCGGCGGUGCCUGACUUUUCGGCUGGAGCUAUGGAAAACUGGGGCCUGUUGACAUACAGGGAGACGAACAUACUGUAUCGCUCGGAUGACUCGACAAGUCUGCAACAGCAGCGCAUAGCCGCCGUCAUCGCACAUGAAAUUGCCCAUCAGUGGUUCGGAGAUCUGUUGACAUGUGAAUGGUGGGACGUGACAUGGCUAAACGAGGGAUUUGCUCGCUACUAUCAAUUCUUUGGCACUGCUUUGGUGGAGCCUUCCUGGGAUCUGGAGCAUCAAUUUGUGGUAGAACAGUUGCAAGGGGUUAUGCAAAUGGACAGUUUAACCAGUACUCAUCCCAUGACGCAUCCUGUAUACACCCAAAGUCAAGUCAGCGGUAUUUUCGAUAACAUUUCCUACAAUAAGGGAGCAGUGGUGUUGAGAAUGAUGGAGCACUUCAUGACUCCAUCGACAUUCCAGGCCGCGUUGAGGGCGUAUGUAAAGGAACGUCAGUAUACAGCAGUGCGCCCAGAGCACUUGUUUGAAGCUCUCAACCGAUAUAAUCCAAACGUACGAAUGUACAUGGAACCGUGGACAGUGCAGUCCGGAUUCCCUCUGGUAACUGUCACCAGUAAUGCAAAUGGAUUCACCAUCACACAAAAGCGUUUCCUCGUCAAUGAACCUAAUCAUUCCGAUGCUACAUUGUGGCCAUUGCCGCUGACCUAUGCCACCAAGGCAGCUGAUUUCGCCAACACGAACCCAACGUUUGUGAUGACAGCUUCUCACGAAAUUCCCAUGGCCAACGCAGCCGAUGUUGAAUAUUUUAUCCUGAAUAACCAGCAAGUUGGAUACUAUCGCGUCAACUAUGAUGCUGUCUUGUGGGGAAAAAUAAGCAAGGCUCUGCACAGCGAAAACUUCGGAGGCAUUCAUGUGCUCAACCGUGCACAACUCGUCGACGAUCUGUUCAAUCUGGCCCGAGGAGAUGUCGUCCCGUACGAUACGGCAUUGGAGAUUUUGGAAUAUCUCAAGCACGAAACCGAAUACGCACCCUGGCUGGCGGCAGUAAAUGGACUGACGACGCUGUCCCGAAGGAUUCAUGAGGAGGACGAGGAUCUGUUCGCGAUUCACAUCUUGGACAUUUUUGCCAAGGCGUAUGAAACCGUCAUGUUCAAAGCACCGUCUGCCACCGAACGCCGUGUGUUUACCUACAUGCGCCAAAACGUCUUGCAAUGGGCUUGCAAUUAUGGUCACGAAGCAUGUAGCAAGGCAGCAGUGGCCGAAUUCGAAAGAUUCUAUCAGAACCCUUCAGUGAAAGUCCAUCCCGAUCUACGUCAGGUGGUGUACUGCGAGGGUAUCCGCAAGGGAACCAAGGCUCAUUUCGAGUUCCUCUGGAAUCAAUACCUGUCUUCCAACAUGGCGACGGAGCAGAUUCUUAUCCUCCAGGGAAUGGGAUGUGCAUCAACGUAUGAAUUGAUUAGUAUUAUGAUGGACGCCAUCUCUUCUGAGAACAUCCGAUCUCAGGAUAAGAGCAAUGCAUACACCUAUGUUAUCAACAAUCUGUAUACGUUACCCCAUGUAUCUCGCUACCUACAAAUGAAUCAUGCGACUUGGGCGGCAGGCCAUGGCAGUUACAUGAAUGUGGCAUCUGCAUUCAAUAAUCUUCUCGCCCGUCUAAGGAGUGACACCGAAAGGGACACGAUCAGUGCGUUCAUCGAGACAAAUAAGAAUACCCUCGGUCAGUCCGCUUAUGAUUCGAUCAAGAAUGGACUUGCCGAUUACGAGACCAACAAGCAGUUCACGCUGCGAAACCGCGACGAAAUCCACGGUUUCUUGAAAAAGAAAGCCGAUGGAGGCGCCGCUACGGUGUUUGCCAACAUGGCAUUAAUUGUUAGUCUGUUGGUUCUCGUAGUAUGUCGUUGGAUGAUGUUCACAAAUGUGAUAGCCCUCGCGGCCAUAGUUGCCUGUAGCUUCGUUUUGACGUCAAGGGCAAGCCCUCUAGACCCCGAACGUUAUCUGUUGGUCGAAGCCGAACCACGAGCCCAGCCGGAGGAUUACCGGUUGAAUGAUGAUGUAUGGCCAACGCACUACGAGAUCGAGAUCAAACCAUACAUUGAGGCUGAAGCUGGCAAACAAGCUUUUACCUUCGAUGGCAACACAAAAAUCACUGUCACAACCGAGAAGCAAGGUGUUACGCUGAUUAAGCUACAUAUGGCACGAAUGGACAUCAGUGCAUGGAGUGUGGUACGAAAAUCAGACAACAGUCUUGUGCAAACCCUCACGCAGAUCUACGAUAGCGAAACGGAAGUAUUGACGCUUCCACUAGCCAACGGUGUUACCCUUCAACCCAAUACGGAAUACGUAUUAUCUUUCACAUACGUUGGCAAUAUGGAUGAUGAUAUGGCUGGAUUUUAUCGUAGCUACUAUCUACUCGACGGUGCCAAAGUAUGGUUGGGAUCAACACAAUUCGAACAAACUGAUGCACGCCGUGCAUUCCCUUCCUUCGACGAGCCCCGAUUUAAGGCGACCUUCCAGUUGAAGAUCAACCAUAAAACUCCUCAAUACAACGUGUACUCCAACACGCCGAUCGUAAAUACCGCCCCCUCAGAAACUGGACGUACUUUAACGACGUUCGGAAUUACUCCAAAAAUGUCGACCUAUCUACUGGCUUUCAUCGUUGCACCUUACGAAGUGAACCAACGCGAAAACAUGGGAAUUCUCGCCCGCCCGCAAGCCCAGAAUCAGACCCAAUACAGUUUGGAUGAAGGUAUUAAAGUUCUGCAGGCCCUUGAUGAUUGGGCCGAUUAUCCGUACUCGAAUGUGCCUGAGAUGACGCGCAUGUACAUGGCGGCGGUGCCGGACUUUUCGGCUGGAGCUAUGGAAAACUGGGGUCUAUUGACCUAUCGGGAGGCAAACAUUCUAUUCCGUUCGGAUGACUCGUCCACUAUGCAGCAACAGCGUAUCGCAACCGUUAUAUCACACGAGAUUGCCCAUCAGUGGUUCGGAGAUCUGCUGACCUGCGAGUGGUGGGAUGUGGCUUGGUUAAACGAGGGAUUCGCUCGCUAUUGCGAGUAUUUCGCUACGGCUCUGGUGGAGCCUUCCUGGGAUCUUGAGCACCAGUUUGUGGUAGAGCAAGUUCAAAGUGCUAUGCAAAUGGACAGUUUAAUCACAACGCACCCCAUGACGCAUCCUGUAUACACACAGGCACAAGCUAGUUCCAUUUUCGAUAACAUCUCCUACAAUAAGGGAGCUGUAGUAUUGAGAAUGAUUGAACACUUGAUGACUCCAUCGACCUUUUUGACCGCCAUAAGAGCUUAUAUAAAGGAAAAUGCAUAUAAAUCCGUACGCCCAGAUCACUUGUUCAACACUCUCAACCGAUAUAAUCCCAACGUACGAAUGUACAUGGAACCGUGGACUGUGCAGUCCGGAUUCCCUCUGGUAACUGUCACCAGUAAUACAAAUGGAUUCACCAUCACACAAAAGCGUUUCCUCGUCAAUGAACCUAAUCAUUCCGAUGCUACAUUGUGGCCAUUGCCGCUGACCUAUGCCACCAAGGCGGCUGAUUUCGCCAACACGAACCCAACGUUUGUGAUGACAGCCUCUCACGAAAUUCCCAUGGCCAACGCAACCGAUGUUGAAUAUUUUAUCCUGAAUAACCAGCAAGUUGGAUACUAUCGCGUCAACUAUGAUGCUGUCUUGUGGGGAAAAAUAAGCAAGGCUCUGCACAGCGAAAACUUCGGCGGCAUUCAUGUGCUCAACCGUGCACAACUCGUCGACGAUCUGUUCAAUCUGGCCCGAGGAGAUGUCGUCCCGUACGAUACGGCAUUGGAGAUUUUGGAAUAUCUCAAGCACGAAACCGAAUACGCACCCUGGCUGGCGGCAGUAAAUGGACUGACGACGCUGUCCCGCAGGAUUCAUGAGGAGGACGAGGAUCUGUUCGCGAUUCACAUCUUGGACAUUUUUGCCAAGGCGUAUGAAACCGUCAUGUUCCAAGCACCGUCUGCUACCGAACGCCGUGUGUUUACCUACAUGCGCCAAAACGUCUUGCAAUGGGCUUGCAAUUAUGGUCACGAAGCGUGUAGCAAGGCAGCAGUGGCCGAAUUCGAGAGAUUCUAUCAGAACCCUUCAGUGAAAGUCCAUCCCGAUCUCCGCCAGGUGGUGUACUGCGAGGGAGCUCGCAAGGGUACCAAAGCUCAUUUCGAGUUCCUGUGGAAUCAGUACUUGUCUUCCAAUGUAGCGACGGAGCAGCUUACCAUACUGCGCGGAAUGGGUUGUGCAUCGACGUAUGAAUUGAUUAGUAUUAUGAUGGACGCCAUCGCUUCUGAGCACAUUCGAUCGCAAGACAAGAGCAAUGCAUACCUGUAUAUCAUCAAUAACCAGUACAAUUUGCCACAUGCUUCAAACUACCUGCAACAAAACCAUGCAAUUUGGGCUGCAGGGCAUGGUAGUUACUUGAGUGUUGCCUCUGCAUUCAACAACCUUCUCGCCCGUUUGAAGAGCGACACCGAAAGGGACACGAUCAGUGCGUUCAUCGAGACAAAUAAGAAUACCCUCGGCCAGUCCGCUUAUGAUUCGAUCAAGAAUGGACUUGCAGAGUAUGAGACCAACAAACAGUUCACGCUGCGAAACCGUGACGAAAUCAAUGGUUUCUUGAAAAAGAAAGCCGAUGGUGGUGCUGCUACAGUCUUUGCCAACAUGGCACUGAUUGUUAGUCUUGUAAUGCUUGUGGUAUGCCGAUGGUAGUCUCAUAAAGAAUGUCUUGCAUGAAGGGAAAAUUAUACAUCACUUCUUAAAUGAAAAAUAAAGGAACAUGA